AUGUCUCACGUGCCGCUAAAGGAGUUUCGUGUGUUUUCUACCGGGUCUCAGGCCUUUCCGACGACGCGUCAUCGCGUGCUUCUGCCUUUUCUGGUCAUCUUGGCGUCUUCUUCGCUGCGCGGCUCGUCUCCCGCAGCGGCGGCCUCUGCAGUGCGUGCGUCGCGUGCCUUUGCCUUUCCGCCUCGCGUGCCUUUUUAUUGCUCUCGCUUCGCCAGCUUCUUGCUCGCUGCGCCUCAGCUGCCGGCUCCUGGUGCGUCCGUCUGUGCCCUCACAAGCCGCCCCGUCUCCGUCCGUUCCCGUUUUUUCUCCGGCGUGCGUCGCCCUCCUGCUGCACAGGACCUCUCCUUUUCUUCGUUCGCCUCCGCGCCCUCGCAACGUCUCUUUUCUGCGGAAAAAAUGGCGAGCGCCGAGUUCUCUUCCCCCGCGCCCUACACGCCCGCGCCGCUAGCGGAGACGGUGCCGACAAGCUCCAAGCAGCCGAUCCCCGUCAGCGGCUGCGGGUCCUGCCGCACGCGACUCGCGGCGCUUCUCGAUGGCGGCGACGUGUCCAUCGAGAAGUUCGUCGGGCGAGAGACGCCGGUGACGGUCUGCGGCUGGAGCAGAUCUGUCCGCAAGCAGGGCGGCGGCAACCUCUGCUUCGUCGUGCUUAGCGACGGGAGCACCUCGAGCAACCUGCAAGUCGUCGUCGAGGCCUCGAUCGGCGGAGACUUCCAGCAGCUCCUGAAGUGCGGCGCUGGAUGCUCCUUCAGAUUCACAGGAGACGUCGUCAAGAGCCCUGCCAAAGGCCAGGCCGUCGAACUCGCUGUCAAAGACCCCAGCAAAGGUCACUCCUUCGAGAUCAUCGGCAUGACGGAUGCAGCCAAGUAUCCGCUGGCGAAGAAGGAACACACGCGCGAGUAUCUGCGCGAGAUUGCGCACCUGCGCCCGCGUUCGUACCUGAUUGGCGCGGUGACGCGCGUGCGUUCCAACCUGGCGAUGGCGACGCAUCGCUUCUUCCAGGACCGCGGCUUCCUCUACAUCCACACGCCGCUCAUCACGGCCUCCGAUUGCGAGGGUGCGGGCGAGAUGUUCCAGGUGACGACGGUGCUUCCCCCGCCACACGCGCCCUCUGAGAAGAAGGAGGCUGGCGAGGGCGCGAACGGCGAGGCGGCGGCCGCGGCCUCGCUCGUGCCGCUGACCAAGGACAAGAAGGGCGUCGACUAUUCGAAGGACUUCUUCGGCAGACCCGCCUUCCUGACUGUCUCUGGGCAGCUCGCCGUCGAGCCCUACUGCUGCGCGCUCUCCGACGUCUACACCUUCGGUCCCACCUUCCGCGCGGAGAACUCGCACACCUCGCGCCACCUCGCCGAGUUCUGGAUGGUGGAGCCCGAAAUCGCCUUCGCCACCCUCGAAGACAACAUGGUCGUCGCAGAGGCAUACGUCCGCUUCUGCGUCCAGUGGGUCCUCGACAACUGUCGGGCCGACAUCGAGUGGUUCGCGAAGAACCAGGAAGAGGGUCUGAUUCAGCGCCUGGAGAACAUUCUGGCGGAGCCGUUCGCGCGCGUGAGCUACACGGAGGCGAUUGAGUUGCUGAAGGCCGCGGAGGCGACGGCGCAGUUCAAGGAGAAGGUCGAGUGGGGUAUGGACAUGGGCAGCGAGCACGAGCGGUAUCUGACGGAGCAGAUUUUCAAGAAGCCGUGCAUCGUGUACAACUACCCGAAGGACAUCAAGGCCUUCUACAUGAAGCUGAACGACGACGGAAAGACGGUCCGCGCCAUGGACGUCUUGGUGCCCAAGAUCGGCGAGCUGGUCGGGGGGUCCCAGAGGGAGGACGACCGCGACCGCUUGGAUAAGAUGAUCAAGGAGAAAAACCUGGACAUCGAGUCCUACUGGUGGUACAGGGAGCUGCGCGAGUACGGCACCAUGCCCCAUGCCGGCUUCGGGCUCGGCUUCGAGCGCCUCGUCAUGCUUGUGACUGGCAUCGAAAACAUCCGCGACACCAUCCCCUAUCCGCGGUACCCGGGUCACGCUGAGUUCUAA